GCCUGCCACAGUCGGCACUGACAUGGAUUAGGUUCGGUUCGAGACCUUUGUACUCAUUCAUGCGCUUUUACCAAGUGAUCUACCAGCAGCCUACUACUGCAAUUUUUAGUUUAAACAACUCCUGUCAAGGUAUUGAAUCCAUUUUCUGUAAGAUAGAAGUAUAAACAAUUUAUUUGGACAUGGAUUUAUUAAUUGUUACAUUCUUGUGCAUUCCACAAAGGUGGAAUUGGAGUCAGUUUUUUUCACUCCAAGCCUGCCACGAUUUACCCAGCUUUUGGCUGUCAUUUCAUGGCCUUGCGCAAUACCUUCGUUACAUUUUAAUUUUGGUUUACCCACAGUUUAACUAAAGGCGCUAUUGCUGUAGCUGUCAGUAGCGAAAACUUUGAACUGUAGGAAACCAGAAGAGAAAUGCCUUUGUCAAAAGGUCUGAGCCCAGCCGCUCUUCGAGCGCUGCUCCGUGCACAAACGCAGGAUAUCAGGAACACUUCGGGCAUUGCUUCAGGGUAUCAGCAAGCUAAUGUGGUGAUCCUGCAUAAGAGCCUAGCAGAUGACUUUGAGGCGUUUUGCCACGCGAACAGCAGCCCUCUUCCUCUGCUCUACCGCAGCCAACCGGGGGAGUGGGCCUGCCCCCCUCUCGCCGAGCACUCCGACAUCAGAACGGACUGCCCCCGGUACUGCGUGUUUGAAAAUGGCCGCCUGGCGGCCCAGGUGCCCAGCCUGACAGACUUCACCCGGCAGAUGCAGGACAUGGUCUCCUUCUACCUCGGCUGCAGCUUUAGCUUCGAGCGCAACCUGCAGGCUGCCGGCGUCCCCGUCCGAAACGUGGAGCAGGACCGCAACGUCAGCAUGUACAGGUCCUCCUUGCCCUGCCACGGGGUGUGCGUGUUCCGGUGCCCCAUGGUGGUGUCGAUGCGGCCGGUGCCGGAGGAGAAGCUGGACGCCGCGGCCCAGGCCUCGCACCUGGCCCCGAUGGCCCACGGGGACCCCAUCCACAUUGGGGACCCAGCCCUGAUCGGGAUCCAGGACGUGUCCAGGCCGGACUACGGCGAUGCGGUGGACCCCGCCCCUGGCGACGUCCCGGUGUUCUGGGCCUGCGGGGUGACGGGCGUGGAGGCUGUGCAGAGCGCUAAAUCCCCACUAGCGUUCACCCACUCACCUGGCUGCAUGUUCAUCAGUGACAGAGAGUGCACACCUGCCGCGGCGACCUCCGACCUUGAACAGCAACCCGUGGCUUUCCGUGUAUCCCAGCAGCCAUUGCACUACAGCCUGGCAUCCAAGGCAACUGUCCAGCGGAUCCGAACCCUGGAGCUGAUUAUUGGGGAGGAUCCAGGGGAGCGGGGGAUCCGGGCCCUGUUCGUCCAGGACGAGCUCCUGAAGUCCUGCCUGUCCCUGUCCCACGCCUCCUCCGUCCUCAUCACCACCGGCUUCCCCACCCAUUUCAUGCACACCCCCCCGGAGGAGAACGACGGGCCGCCGGGCGCCAUCGCCAUGGCAGCUACCCUCCAGGCCCUCGGCAAGGAGGUCGCCAUGGUGGUGGACCACCGCACCCUGGAGAUGAACGCCCGGAUCAUGGAGGACGCCGUGGAUAAAGGCGUGAUAAAGACGGCGGUCCCUUUGCUCAGCUUCCAGAACCCGGGCCAGGAAUCUGCUCUGCAUUUCCUGUGCCAAGAUGGCGACCCAAAAAGACCCAGGUUUGACCACUUGGUGGCAAUAGAGCGCAGCGGCCGAGCAGCUGAUGGGAACUACUACAACAUGAGAGGAGUGAAUAUUAAGCAUCUGGUGGACCCCAUUGACGACCUCUUCAUCACAGCAAGCACCAUCUCUGGGAUCACCACCACCGGGAUCGGGGACGGGGGGAACGAGCUGGGCAUGGGCAAGGUGAAGGAGGCCGUGAGGGCGCACAUGCCCAACGGCAGCCUGGUCGCCUGCGACGUGGCGGCCGACUUCGCCAUCACCGCAGGUGUGUCUAACUGGGGGGGCUAUGCGGUGGCAUAUGCCCUCUACCUCCUCAACAUCUGCCCCAUCCAUGAGCGCUAUCUACGCAGAGGCUUAGGCUACCCCCCGAAACCCCACCAGCAGAACGACUGGGCUGCCAGCCUGCCUACUGUUGCCAAGGAGGAGCAGUUCUUGGCUAUCCUGGUGAAUUAUGGAAUACGCAGUGGCAAGUCCGGAAACCUGGCGAUGGAGGUGGACGCCCUGCCCUUCCAUCCCGUCCACUCCACGCUGAUCCAACGACUGAGCGAUGUCACCCUAAAGCCCCGCCCACCUCUGGCCUGACCCCCUCUCCCUACUAAUCAAACCCCACCCAAGCGAAUAAAUUGGUGAGAAGGACUGUGCCUUUCAGUCAUUAACUAGGGACUGUUUGCUUGUUUUAAUGAAUAUACAUUUAAAUGCACAUGUCUGGCACCAUUGAAUCAAACACUCCAAAAAUGCAGCCACCGGACCCCUAGCUCUCUGGCCUGUUGGCCUAUUCAAGUCAAUCUUAAUCAACCAUCUUUCUCACUUGCCUAUGUAGACUUCCUUUCCAUGAAUCUGUUCUAAAUUUGUCUCCAUGCUACAGCAGGCAGGAGAUAAGGCCAGACAAAAAACAGGAUACCAGGAUUGCUGGUUUCUUUCUUUUUUUAUUCAGUGUCCUUGGUCACAGUUGCGUGUAAUCAUGUGUUGUUUUCCUCUGCUGAGAAGUUGGUGAAGCACAUUCUUCACCUGAUCAUAUAUAAAUCACACUUCCACCAAAGCAAUUAAAUGGACUGAACAAAAAGCAAGCUAUUGUUAUGAGUUCAGCAGUAAUUUGUGCAACAGUACAUUUGAAACCAAGUACAUAAAAAAUAUGUGGCCUCUGUUUCAUUACCAAUCAUUUGUGGUUAUAACAUAUUCACUUCUGCCAUCACACUUAUCAUAGCUGCUGAAUUAAACCAGUACUCAUAAAAUAGUCCUUGAACAGAAAAACAUUUGUCUGCAUUGAGAUGUACCUCUCCUCUUGUCAGCGCUAGUGCUCUCCUGUAGAUCAUUGUGGUGUGUAGUGUGCAUUAAGAGCGUAGCACCUCAGAGUGCCCACGUUUCAGCCACGGUGCUCCUUGCACAGUAUAACUGAGGCACAACUCCAAACUGGGGAGAGAAAUUAAGGCAUUAAAAAGAAAUCGAUUAACUAUUUCUUGCACAAGGAA